AUGUCCCGAUUCUGUGGAGCUAUUUCAUUUUCUUCUUUGAUGAAAAUAGUCCUAUUAGUAUGUAGUACCGUUCACAUUGACGUAUUUAAAGAGUUGCAUGGAUGUGAAACAUCUCGUGUCUUCUAUAAUGAAAUAAAGAACAAUGAGUGCUUUAUGAAGACCUGGGAUAUCCUAUCGAGUCUGAAUAAGCCAUCUACUUUCAAGAAACUUUUGGCUUCGGCCUGUACUUCUUUUCGGACAUUGCCAUCUAUUAAUCUUAACUAUUCAGAACCCAAAAUCAAGAAUUCUAUUUCUGUUAAUUCAGAAACUGGUGAUCGAGAGGAGAUUAUCAAAAUCGGCAUUAAAUUUAGCGAAAAAGAUUUAAGUGAUGCUGAAGCCGCAUUUUUUAAUCCUAGAUUUAACUGCAAGCCAAACGUGCAUAAAUCUCCCAAAAGACCACUUCCUAGACGAUCACGUAUUCGAAAUAUUCUUAUUACAUCGGCCCUUCCUUACGUCAAUAACGUGCCUCAUCUAGGAAAUCUCGUUGGAUCGACACUAAGCGCUAAUGUUUUUGCUUUAUAUUGCAAAUUGGCUGAUUACAAUGUUCUUUCUGUUUGUGGCACUGACGAAUAUGGCACUGCGACUGAGGCCAAAGCUCAACUGGAAGGAUGUAGUCCGCGUGAAAUUAGUGAUCGCUUUAAUAUCCUUCAUAAAUCAAUAUACGACUGGUUCGAAAUUGACUUUGAAUACUUUGGGCGAACUUCAACACCUAAACAUACAGAGUAUAUUUUUUUAAUUAAUAUACUUUUGUGA